AUGACUAAUAGAAAAUAUUUACCAAAGGAAGUGGUACAGACCAAAUUGAAGAGAGGAGAAAUGGCUGCAAAGCAGAGCAAUGAAGGCAUAGUUGUUUUGAACUGGCGUGAUAAACGCGACGUACGGAUGCUUACCACGAAAACGUCUGCUCUUGAAAUGGUGCCAAAUAAUAGCAGAAAUACGAACGCAAUGCACACUAAACCCAAAUGUAUAGCUGACUACAAUAAAGCGGAAAAAUGUAAAGAUGACUGGAAUAAAUUACGAAAUAGCUACGUCAACGCAUUGAAACGCCGUAAAAAUAAAAAAAGUGGGCAAGCCGCUCAAUUUAUCCCGCCAUGGAAAUAUGAAGAACAAAUGAGUUUUUUACAACCAUUUAUGGAAUCAAGGUCGACAACAACAAAUCUUUCAUCACCUCCUGAAUCUCUAGAAUUUCACUCAGAAAGUACUCAAUCAGACAAUUCUCGUCCAGCAACACCACAUACUGGUAGUUCCUCGCACUCCCAACAGCCUGUUAGAAAACCAAACUUACAGGAUCUAUAUGAUAUGAUGAAGUCUUCGCACGAUUUGAGAAUCCAUAAGCAUCAUUCAAAGCAGCAGCAGGAUAAUAUGACGGAUGAAACAGACUUGUUUUUUCUGAGCAUGAGCAAAGCAGUUAAAAAACUUCCGAAACUAGAUCAGACCAAAAUAAAAUUGGAUUUGCACACUGCUGUAUCACAAGCUGAAAUAAGGAAACUUCAGACACAAGCACAAAUUCUUAGAACACCAAUUAAUGUGACUCACCACAUAGUUACUCGGCCACAACAACGCUGCCUCUCCAGCUACCCAUUCCACCAUCCACAUCCAUGA